CAAACUCAAUCAAAACAAUAUUUUUUUUUGUUGUCUUGAAAUAGGAAACCCUCUCUAAUACUCUUCCACGGGAAAAUGUCCAUUCUUCAAGUCCUUCCUCAUCAAACCGUGAAGAGGAGGAAAACAAAAGCAUCUCGAGGCGCGAAGUUUCAGACCACCGAAAGAAGUCAUUUGGAAAGGGAGUUGGGGCAGCCAGUAGCAGUGUAUCGACCUCUUCACGUGACAAGAAGCCACCAGUCAUCAGAAUCCCAAAGAACACGUCGAAUGGCUACUCACACCACCCGCUAAGGCGAAAUCAACUUCAGGGGGAAGACACUGGUGGAGGAAGGCCGGGCUCUAAUAAUCCCUGGGGUAAAGGCUCCUACUCAGAUCUCAUAACGAUGGCUCUUGCAUCUUGUAUAGAGAAGAAAAUGACACUGGACGAGAUUUAUCGAUGGAUUACACUAAAUAUUCCAUAUUUCAAAAAUAAAGGAGACGAGAUAUCCUCAUCCGGAUGGAAGAAUUCAAUUCGCCAUACAUUGUCUGUGAGGCAACGUUUUGUGCGACUGCCCCGUGUCACAAAUGGGAGCGUGUCACACAAGAGCUGGUGGACCUUGAGUGAUGACUUCCUACGCAAACGAUCAGCUGCGCGAACAAGCUCUUUAGAGCCAUUACCUUCAGUUGACUCAUUACCUUCAGUUGACCCGUUACCUUCAGUUGACCCAUUACCUUCAGUUGACCCAGAGUACAAGGACAGCAAGCAAACACAAACAAAAAUGGCUGUUUGUGAAUGGUGUUCUCGCCCCUUUACUAGGAUGUGAACGCAAAGAGCGGCACCGGAAACUUAAUUGAUAUAACGCUACAAUCUUGAAUUUGAAACCAACGCCAAAUUUAAAUCAGAGAGCCUUGGUUUAGUAACGCUACGUAAGGCGACUCUUUUCCAUUUCUGCAUGCAAUAUUU